UGGUCUGGGAGCGGCUGUGCUCGAUCAAUACUGUCACUUCCUGGGCCUGGAUGUAGGUGAAAACUGCAUUGAUCAAGCUGUCGCCAUAUUUGGUCCCGCAAACAGGAUUACAGGAGAAUUGCAAAAAUGGGACAUAUUAGUUUGAUCACCAUGGCAGUUGUGGUGAUUGGGGCAACAGCGUACAUCCCACAAGAAAAGGAUCAUUUCCUGACUGAUGUCAUUCUGCGAGAAGUUGUUGACAGGAUGAGCAAGGACUUCGCUGAUGACACAGGAGCAUACCUUGAUUUUCCCGAAACUAACAGGAUCUCCCUCGGCGCCAUGAUGCCAGGAAGAAAUGUGAAGGACCUUGAGACAGAGGAACAACAGUUUCCUGUGGAUUAUGAUCCUCUGGGAGACUCGGGGAAUCCCAACCCCAGUAUACGAGACCAAGAAUACCUGCAGCAUAGCACUCUGUGGGGCCACCAGUAUAUGGCAGGAGGCGCUGGAGAAGGUAAGCAGCGCCUGAAACCGGACGGAGCCAUCAAGAAUUCGAAGGAGGUAAAGACAGACGCAUCCCUACCAGCUUACUGCAACCCUCCGAACCCGUGUCCUGUAGGCUACUCAGCUGAUGAUGGCUGUUUGGAGCAGUUUGAGAACACAGCUGGUUUCAGCCGUGAGUUCCAGUCAGCCCAGGAGUGCAUGUGUGACUCGGAACAUAUGUUCGACUGUCCGGCGUCUUCCGGGAGGGAGAUCCAAUCUCCCGGUGCCGGAAAUGAUCUCACAGAUUCUGACUUGGAUCGAAUCAUGGAGCAAUUCCAGGUUGAAGAUCAGCAUAGGAAUCUGGUUGCAAAGAAAUUUCACGUCAAAAAGGACGGCAAUCCAUUUCUGAAGGGCGAGAAACUUCCCGUAGCUGCAAAGAAAGGAAUCGGCGUUGUCUAUUGAUUACAAAUUAUUUUGUAAUGUGAUAAACAUUGUAUAAAUCUAUUGAUAUGAAGUUAUGAGAAAAUGAUAUGUUAUAUGCCUAUAUGCAGUGAGGCUUAAAAAUAUUAGUAUUAAAUCUGUAAAAGAAUAGUAGAGUUUUAAGAAUAUAUCAAUAUUUAUUUGGUUAUAAAAUUAAUAUAAUAAUAAAAAUAACAAUACUGAGUAGAAA